UGGGCCGCCGCGACCAGGAGCGGAUACACCGUGCCUCCCGCCCAUGCUCUCACACACGUUGCAGACACAAGUCGCUGACGGCUUCCACGUGUGGCGCUCGUGAGCGGAGGCGCUCGGAGGGGAGGGGGGGCAGAAACCCCGAGAGGCGGAACCGGAGAUCCCACGUCCCCAGGCACGCGCCUCCAGUCGUGCGGCCAUUCUCUGGAGCCUGGCGUCUCCCAAACAUCACCAGUCUAUUUAAGGCCACGGGUUCUGCCCUUUCCCUCCUCCUUCUACUUCUUUUUUUUGUUUGUUUUUUUGCCUCACUCUUUUUGCAAUACUCCCUCCCCCUCCGCCCCCCCAACAUCACCGGGUCCUCUCCCGGAGCCGCAUGUAGGGGCGGGGCACGGAAUGCUUUCCUCCUAACCAAUCAUCACCUUGCUGCUUCUCUAUUGGCCGAGCCCCUGUGCGUUGUAGCAAAUGGCUUGUGAACUUCUGUAUGGAGAGUCAAGUGUUGCCGGCUAAGCGACCAAUGAGGGCGCGAGGUCUGUGUACGCAGGGGGAGGCACGUGCAGGGCCGCACGUGUCUGGGAGGGGGUAGGGGCGGGACCCACGGAGAGUGAGGCGGAGGUGGGUAGACGAGACGGGGAGAGACUGACUGAGAAGCCGCCAGAGACAGAGCCUGACCUGAGCUGAUCGUUACAGUUGCAGGUUCGGAUCUUUGGGUACUUACUACAGGAGCUGCUCUCCAGCCCCUUCUGGACCUAUGGAUUCCCCGUCUAGCGUUUCUUCUUAUUCCUCCUCCUCUCUCUCUCCGUUUUCCACCUCCCCAGUGAACAGUGAUUUUGGUGGUUUCCCCUCUGAUAGUGAGAGGGAGGACAAGGGAGUCCCUGGGCCCAGGCCAGACACUUUGGGGCAGAGGGAAGGUUCCCGGUCCAGUCCGGGACCUAUCCGAUUAAGGCAUCGAACCAAGGGUUCCAGUAACCAACAUACAGCAUCUCACCUGCAACAGCGAGGCUUGGCUACUCCUAUGUCAGGAUCUGGGGUCAAAAGAUCAAGACCCGGCGAAUUGGAGACAAGUCUGAACACCCAGAGUUGUACCACAGAGGGAGACCUUCUCUUUGCUCAGAAGUGUAAAGAGCUCCAAGGAUUCAUACGCCCCCUCACAGACCUACUGAAUGGGCUGAAGAUGGGCCGCUAUGAGAGAGGAUUGAGCAGUUUCCAGCAGAGUGUGGCCAUGGACAGGAUCCAGCGAAUUGUAGGUGUUUUGCAGAAGCCUCAGAUGGGGGAGCGUUAUCUAGGAACCCUGCUACAAGUUGAAGGAAUGUUAAAGACUUGGUUUCCUCAUAUAACUUCCCAGAAGUCAUCACUGAGAAGCAGCAGGCACCAGAGAACAAAGCAUUUUCCCAGCCAUCGCAGAGAUUCAGCUGCUUCCUCUCCGGCACCUCCCAUGGAGAAGAUGGGUCAGACACAGCUGGGACAUUUCAUUUUGAAACCAAAGCAGCCUUGGCAUGUUACUGAAUGGCCAGCUAUGAACCUCACCUGGAUUCACACCACUCCGAUUUGUAAUCCCCCUCUAAGUUCCCCAGGUACCACCUCCUUCAGCAAUGGUCCCUUAGGCAGUGGAACCAGCAUUGGUGUCAUCCUUUUCCUCCAACAUGGAAUGCAGCCAUUCACCUAUUCUGCCCCAGCCACUCCAGUGCCACCUACUACAGUGCCUCCUGCUGUUCCUGGUGAUCUUAAGAAACUAUCUGGAGAGGGCCCUCGUUGUCACAGCUUGCCAGGAACUCUGUCAUCAGAUUGGAGCCGCCCCCUCUCACCUCCUGGUCCACCCACCGUAGCCAGAGAGAUGACUAUGGGACACCUAGAGGUGCAGAUGAGAAGCUCUCCAAUUGCUCCCAAGGCUCAUCUCCUCAGCUCCUAACCCAGGAUAUGCACCUGUCCCGUGUGAUUGUGUAAAUCUAUGUAUUUUUUACUUCUAAUGUAUGUAUUUGUGUUGAGGGUAGAGAAAUCCUUUCUGAUUAAAGUUGUAUUUUUUUUUUUACUCAACUACUUUGGGAUUGAAAACUUUGUCU